AUGGUCAGGAGCCAACAAAUACUGUCUGACAAAAACCUACGGUGGAGUGCUGGUCAUCUGGAGCAACGUCGGAACCUUGCAGAAAGAGCGAGAUACGAGAAGUUGUCUACGGGUUGUCCGACCACCUCGUCCCUUAAUGUUUAUUUUUGGAUUCAGAUGUACUAUUAUUUUGAAGUCUUCAAAAAGGCAAAGAACAUGAACACUUGGGUAGACACGAUGAAAGUUCUUUUCAAUGGGCCCGGUUGGCACCCUGGCACCCCUCGCUUGGGUGAUCCCAGCGCUUCUUCAGACGUCCAAGCGAAUAGGGCCAAGUACGAUCCUCGACUCCCCAUAUGGCAAGAGGUCUAUGUUGUGCUGCAGUAUUUCCUUGCACUCUUUCUGCAACAGGUCCUCAUAGCAAAAUUAUCGACGUCCUCGUGGGCAAGCGUCCUCCUGAUGUCAACCUUCAUCUGCUCUCCGUCGACUGCAUCGGAGCCAAGCUGUAACGACGGCUGGUGGUGGUCUCCCCUCGCCGAAACCGCCCGUUGUGCCGCCUUUGUAGUUUACGCCCGCGGUACGCCCAUCUCCAAGAGUACAUUCUUGGAUACUUGUUUGGUGGUUUAUUUUACUCUGUCGGCGUUGGUGUGGAUGGCUUAUAGUUUCAAGGUUCUCAUCAAAGGUUCUAAGGAAGUGGCGAAGACAGAAUGA